AUGUCUUUCAAGAUCAUGAAACGUCUCUUGUACGGGCGCAGCUUGCAGUUUACGGUCGGUGCCACCACACGCCCGGAGGUGCCACAAUCAUCUGCGGCAGUCACCAGGGCUCACAAAGCACAAGCCGUUCAGCAGGUCCGAUCGAAGGCCAAGAAAGACGAUGAGCUGAUGUGGUUGCUUCUGCAGCAUCUGCGGGAAAAUUUGAGUUCAUCUUCGUGGUACAGUCUGCCUCGAGAAAUGCUUGAAGAGCUGAAGAUUCAGAAGCUGGGACAGGCUUUGACAUCUGCCUUCAGCCAAUCAAACACUGGGCCGGUUGUGGGUGCCUUGCCAUUGGCAGAUGCGACUCACUUCCAACCGAUCCGGGACCUCCGCUCGGCCGGCAAGCUUGCUUUGCAGGGCAGAGAGACGGACAGUGUUGCUGUCAAGACACCCAGCAGCUCAUUCUUAUGCAUAGAGCCUGAUGACGAUGAUGGUGUUGUACUCUCGACGUCGCGACACAAGCGAACUCCAUCCGGUCGCGAACCUUCGUUGGUUCUUGGGGACACAUCGUUGCAGGACUUAGUGGCCAGCGCAGGCAGAGGAGAUGCUGAUUUGGAUUUGGUGGUCUUCCGCAUCCCUGACAAAAGUCCUGCCGCAAAGAAGAGACCACUUGGAGCAGUCGAUGAUGUAUCGCCGACAGACUUUUGCAUCCGUCUGUACACCGUUCAUUCGACUUGCAGCAGAUCAGACGAGGUUUGUGUCAGCAUGCACGCUUGCACGGAAGUGCCCCUGGUCCGUCUCCUCGGCCAUUCGGGCGCAGACCGGACGUUGUCGCAGCGGCUCAUGGACAGUAUGCUGCAAUGGACUGUGAAAAGCGAUGUCCAGUUUUACUUGCGAGAUCCGGCAGGAUGUCCCUCUCUUGCCGACAACGCCGGUGCUAUGGAAGUGCUACAGGAACUUCUGAAUGCCGGGGCGGUCCAUGGUUCCGACAAGGCUUUCCCAGUCGUCGGCCUGGAUGAAGCAUACGAUUCACAACUUGCGGAUGUCAGGGGCGAGUUCAACUUCGUGAAGUUCAAGUUCUGCCUGUCAGACCUCACUGUCGUUCGUCGAAUGGCAGACUUGCGUGCCGUCCAGGGCAGCAAGGCAGCUGGGUGGAAAGUGGAGAAAGCGAAGGAGACAAUGGAGUUUUUCGCGAACCGUGACGACGAGGUAUUUUGUGCGGAUGGGGAGCCGGCGGAGCAGCUGAUGCCUCGCUUGGCCAAGGUCGGCAACGUUCUUCCGUCGUUAGACGCCUCCAUUCGAUGUUUCUCUCAUGCGGCACAAGCCAGCUUGGAGUCGAUCGUCAAGUCAGACGAGAAGAUGGGCUAUUUGAUGGAUCGUCUGGUUACUCGCUUUGCUGACACACACAGCAGGGGAUCCUUGGCCAGGGCAUUAAAAAAUAGCCCAAAGUUGGCAUCCAUGUUUCGAUCUGAAGUAAGACUGGAGCCCAGCGUGGUGUCAGAGCUUUCGGCCAGCUCUGCGAUGCAAUCAAGCUUUGCAAGUCAGAGGUGGGACUCCACAGUAGAGGCCCUUAGGUUGAUCGUCCUCAGAUUGAACGAGAUUCUGAAGUUCCUUUGCAAGGUUUGCUUGACGGACGACAACCGUGACUGGGCACUGUCAGUCCUCCAGGUUUUUACCUGGCCGAACAUCAUUGCCAUGUGCUUGCUUGUGGAGUUCAUGUCGUGCGUCAGACAGCACAUCCACUCGUUUGACAAUCAGGGCGGCACUCGUGGCAGCGGCUCUCGUCAGAAGAAUGUGAAUGGCAAUGCUGUUAGCAGGAUUGUUUUCGCAUCUCGGAGGUCCCGGAUGGUGUCAGAAAUGCUGGCAAGGUUGUUUGAUUAUGAGAUCAACGGGACGAAACACAAGCCACUCGUGUUAGAUCGGAACUUCACCCACGGGUACUGUCAGAUUGCAGCUGAAGCUCUGAAGUUCGGCAGUCAGAAAUCGUUCUCUGUUGUCCACAAGGGCCGGUUGCUGUAUCGCCUCUACAGCCACGACUUGGAUCUGAAGUGUUUGAUCGCUGACGGCCUCGGCUCCAUCGCCAACAUGAAGCGAGCCUAUCUUCAAAGCGUCUUGUCAGACCACGAAGCUGGUCUGGGAGAGGCCUUCGAGCCUUUCGACGUAACACAAUGGGUGGAGACACGGGAUGACAAGGCUCUGUCAGACGUUCUGCGGCCAUUGGCGACGGUGGGCAAGGUGGAGGUGGAACCGCUGGUGAAGGAGCUGCUGGUGGCCAGACCGACAGCACUGGCUGCGAUCAGGAGGGGAUGCACGGAUCCAGAAAUAUUUUGGCCAGAGGUCUUGCGGCACUGGGGCCGUAAGACACUUCCCAUACUGAACAAUCUGGUUCCCUUCAUGCUGAGCAUCUGGGUGAGCUCGUCAGAGCUAGAACAAGAUUUCUCCUACCUUCAGCUUUUUCAGUUGAAGAGUCGCAUCUGUGAGACACACCUGCGGGACUUGCUCAAGGUUCUGCUUGAUGGGCCGUCGGUGUCAGACUUGUGUCCUAUGAGUCGUUCGUCAGACGGCAAGAUGCAGUACACCUCCACAGACAUGAUUUUGCGAUGUCAGGCUUUGUAUCGCAAGACUUUUGGGACGGCUAAGAAUCAGCGGAAGACACCAGACCUGCCAAGACGAAAAUUGUCAGAGAAGACAGCUGCUCCUAAAGGCGUUCAGGGCUUUCUCCGAGUCAGACAUGAUGAGAUAACAUCAUUGAUGAAGCAACAGCGGGAGGCAUCAGGGUCAGACCAGACUUUGGAGCAAGCAGGCCUUGAGGAAAUCACUGCGAAUUCGGCCACCAAGAAAGCCACCGCCAAGCAGCAAAGCCUUUGUAAGACUAUGCGAGACAAUCAAGACAAGAAGAGGAAGGCUUUGGAACUUCUGGCCGAUGGGUCAGACCCGCAUGCAGAGGCGACCUUGCAAGCUUGUCAGCAGGAGAUGCAGGCGAGAGAAGUAGCUGACCUCACACGACGUGACUUGCAAUGGUCAGAGAGGAACAACUGCACAUUAUCAUUUUCCUGCAGCUGCGUCCUGAUGCCUGGCAUUGAACUUUCGUCAGACGAGCAGUCUCUGCUUGCCAAACUGAGAAUCAAGACCUUGGCCUGGAAGUCAGAUGUGGAAUUCUUCCGGGAACUGUUCCAGGUUAAGGACCUGAUUUGGUUUACAAACGGGGACGAAGGUCAGAUUGUGUGCCAGGGCGGUCUUCGCUCGGCGUGUCAGUCCACUGGUCAGACUGCUGGUCAGACUAAUAACGACGACGAGUCAGACAAUAAGACGCCUGAGUUAGAAAGGUUGCCCGCUUUCCUCAUGGCAUCUCGUUUGGUUGGUGGCUGGGUGGCAGGAAUCGAGUGGCUUGUGGAGUGUAAGAGAUUGGGAUGGAAGCUGCAGCCAGUGCUGCGACUGGCACGUGCUGUGAGUGUUCCCCGUGAGCUGCAUCUUCAUAACUCGUCAGAGUUUUCCUCCAUGAUCAGCCAGAUCGUGUUCGUGGGCUGUCAGAUUGCGAGUGCGAACUGCCUGUGGUCCACCCGUGACUCCCGUAAGAACCUGCAGCUCGUUUGCAAUUGA